ACGUGGGAUACCAAGCUGUAGAGCGGCGGAAUUCCCCAGUUAUCUUCGUGAAAUGGGGAAUAACCACUAUCGCUGGCCAGGCUUUACGGUGUCAUAGAAUUGAUGAUGAGCGGUCUGAACCCUGAAGUACCACUGGACUGGCAGUUGAAUAAGUCUCUUUUAGAGUGCACAUCCCAACUCUUCUUGAGCUCCCACUUAUCCGACAUCACCUUUAUAUUUCCAAAUGAACACCCAAUUGUCAACAUCCCAGCACACAAGUUUAUCCUUGGGAUACGUAGUCCGGUUUUCGAGACGAUGUUCUGUGGUGCACUGCCGGCCGGAGAAACUGUAAAGAUUAUUGACAACACCUCAUCUGCUUUCAAGGCUAUGAUUAAAUUUAUGUAUACCGAUCGGUCGGAGUUCAACUCGAGUUCUGAAGCCAUUGAAACCAUGCAGGCAGCCCAUAAGUACAGAAUUCCGUUGCUGGCAGAAAUAUGUGCGUCAUAUAUGGAGAACUCUGUCACCACUGAGAAUGUAUGUUGUAUACUGGAUCAGGCGUUUCUGUAUGACUUGACACGCCUUCAGACCAGAUGCCGGAAAUUUAUAGACGAAAAUGCCAGCCAGGUUUUUAGGACUGAAGGUUUCACGAUGUUGACGCCAUCCACGUUGGGACUGAUUCUUGAAAGCGACGAUUUGAGAUUGGACGAGUGUGAAGUGUACCAAGCCGCUGUUGUUUGGGCAGGUUCGGAAUGCAGUCGACAGGAAUUACGAGUCACCGGAGAGAACAAACGAAAAGUUUUAGGCGACGCAUUCUAUCAGCUUCGCUUCCCACACAUUCCGUUACAGACAUUUUCUGAAGUCGUGUCACGUGAAGGUUUGUUGACGAACGAAGAAGUCAUAGACCUGUUCCGUUACCAUGCUUCGGAGACAAAGAAGCCCGUAGAGUUUUGCAAUAACGCAAGGCGCAGUUUACCGAGCGUGAUGAUCUCGAGAAUGCAAGACGGCUUCCGGCGGAACAACAUGUCCAAGGGUUGCAGAACAGAGGCCAUCAAAUUUCAGGUCACUUUCACUAAAAAAAGAGAACAGGUCCAACAGGCUCGUCUGGUCAGCUUGGGGCUCUUGAACGCUGUCAUCAGAUGUGAUAUGGAGGACGAGUAUUUUGCCAACAGUCAUCUUGUAACCAUAGAGCUGGAAUAUCUCAGCAUGAACACCGAGUCCGACUCGGACGACGAUUUUUUCGACAGACCGUCCAAAGACUUAGCUGUCAGCAGUUUCUGUUUUCCAUUCACCUCCAAGGAAACCAAGUGCAUAACUGUGGAUCUACCCAAGCCAGUUGACCUUACGGACGGGCGUUGGUAUAAGCUCAGCGUCACAAUCUACUCCUCCCACAAAACUAUGCUGAAAGGAAAACAAUAUAUACAGCUUCUAGGAAGUGCCAUAAAAUCUAAGGUGAUUCUGGAAUCUGGCUUGAAGGUUGGUUUCCAGGGGUCAACUCAUGGUCCGAUCCAUUCCAUUUAUCUACGCACUGACUAACCCCUGGUGCUUUUUGCUUCUUACCUUUGUACGGCUGGGAUCCGAAAAUAAUACUUUGAAAUCUGUUUAUAAACGAUUCUGUGAUAUACCGUUUGCUUUGUUAUCAUAGUAUUACAUUGUUAAAGUUUUCAUUGUUACUGAUUAUAAAGUUCUAUAUAUUACUGUAUAUUAGCGGGACUUCAGUGAUAUAUACCUUCACAUGCUGUCUUGUUCCCGAGGCUGGGGAGGAAUUGGGACAAAAAUAUGUCUUAUGUAGAUUUUUCGUACGUUUGACGCUUAAACAAUAGUAUGUAGACAGCUCUAAUAUCCACAUGUUACUCCACUGACCCUAAACUAUAUACAUAUACAGUUGGCCGCGUUUGUUUGGUUCGAGACAAGUGUAUACCAAGUUGAGGAAGACAGAAAUAACUGAAACCCUCUUCAUGUGACCGAAAUAAAAUAUGACCUUUAU